AUGUCCAUCCUCCGGCCCGUAGCCUUCAAGCCUGCUGCGCCGGCUCGCAGCAGCGCCGGCUUUCGUAAUACCGUAAUCGAAGAUGAACCGCAAGUCUCCCUGCGACGAGCACAACCACCUCAGAAGCUCCAACCGCAGCGGCUGGCUACCUCGCCAUUCAGCGACGACUUUCCAACCCCGCGGGCCAACACAUUCCACCAGCUUCACGAUCUGGUGGAAGGAAGCCCAAAUUGCAGCAAUUCCGACUCAGAAUCCGACCAAAGCUCGCUAUGGAGCAAGCGCAGCUCCCACAACAGUUUCGAUGAGCUGUACGACGUUUCCGAGAGCGAAUCGGAGGUGGUGUCAAUCAAGCUUUCGACCUCGGUGAAGCAACGUAUAGCCAGCAAAGACUCUCGGUCYCGCUAUCCAUCCAUCAUCAUCCCAUCACCAGGCCAGUGGCCAACGAUCGAGAAGCUCAGGUCAUCCCACCCUUUGUCACCGCCACUUCAGGUCAACAUCUCGGCAUCAAUGAUGUCUCAGAUGCAACAGCGCGGCCUACGGAUACCAAGUACCACAUCAUCGGCACCAUCGCUAGACGGCAGUCUUACUUCAGAAGAGCUUGCAAUGUCAAGCUGCCCAUCCACCCCCGAUCUCCAACAAGCUGCAGACGGAGAGAACCCCUGGGAGCCUCCUCUCCAGUUGGAUCCAUCCGCUAUCAACCUGCUGGAACAUCUCAACGAUGAAGAGCACCAUGUGCAGCAGGAGACUGUUAUUGAGAUACCCGCAGAGGCCAUGGAAGAGAUGAGAGAGAUCGUCGACUCUCCACCAGUCACUGGCCGCUUCAGAAUUGAGACGCAGGACCUUCCUCCAAGAUCUGCCGAUGAAGCAGACGAUGAGCUUUCAGCCCUUUCUGUACCAUCCCCGGGAGGCUUCUUUGCCUCGCUAGACUCCACGAUGGCACGAAAGACCUGGGCUGGCACAGAAGCGGCACCAACCACAAGUACAGCGACUGAGUUCUAUGGUGUGCCGUUCCGCCCAGCACACAGCUCGGCUCUACCAACUAGUACUGCUACCUCAUUCUACAACUUGCCAUGGCAGUCACGACCAGAGGACCCCGUCGAGCACAUCAUCUCGCUCGCUUCUCCUACGAGCACUCAGCAGGAUCCCGUCACUGCUCGUAAACUGGCAUUUUCUCCCACGGAGAUCGUUAGCGAGGUCGCAGAAAUUGACGAAACAUACAAUGAAGUACUCGAGAAGACCGCGGCGGCGAAUAUUGACCGCACCCAAUUGUGGCUUUCAGCUCAGACCACAUACAUGGAGGCCAUCUGUGAAGAAGAUGAGGUUACUGUCAGCUUCAAAGACGUUCAAGACGCAGUGCCUAGAACUCCAGAUCAACCGACUCCUCCGUCCACGGACUCCUCGCCCAGCAAAAAGUCCGUGCGCUUCGCAGAGUACCAGACUGAAUCUCCAGUUGCCAUGCCAGAGCCAGCGCAGAGCAAGCGUGUUUCUCCUAUCCACGACGGAACGUUCUGGGAAGGCUGGCGCCAUGCGAAGCGCUCACAGCGGGCUCGUGAUGUCUUCCAGCACCGACAGGCUCGCGCUGAAGCUGAGCAAGUGAGGCGAGUCAGCUUGCCAAAAGAACAUGCCGACCAGCUACAGGGCAAGUAUGAGAUCACGAGCUCCGAGCGGCUGGCCUCACAGCGUCCUGUCUCGUCCUUCCUUCCCGUCGCGGAAGACGAUGAGAGUGUUGCAAUCAUUGCGCAAGCUGCCAAGGAAAGGCAGGCACUUGAGCAGAUGCAGUCAUCUGCUUGGCACCUUGCCGCCCAGAAGGAAGUCAACGGUGGCAAGCUUUUGACCAGUCCAAUUGUGCAGAGCUUCAAGGGCCGCAAAGACGUCAGGAUCUUGGAUGUCGCUGGCCAAGCACACUGCAGCUGGGCUUGGAAUGUCGCUCUUGAGCACCCAGACGCCACCAUCUAUACUACCGUCUCUUCCGACGCCGAGGCUCACGUGGCUGAGUCGUCGAUGGACGGACCAGCGAACCACUUCGUUGUUGCCUCUCCCAAGCUCUGGGAGCUACCAUUUGAGAGCAACUACUUCGACGUAGUCUCCGCCCGCAAUCUGUAUGCUCACCUGAAGACAGUCUGGCCAAAGGGCUGCGCAGCAGACGAGUGGGACCUCACUCUGCGUGAGUGCCUUCGUGUUUUGAAACCAGCUGGCUACCUCGAGUUCGAUCUGCUGGAUGCCGAAAUGGUUCACGCAGAGGAUGCCAAUCAGGCACUCGGCGUUGAAUUUGCUUUCAAUCUGAAGACCCGUGGCUACGAGCCCUGCUCCGGGAAGAGUUUCCUACCUCGCCUGAAGCGUGCUGGAUUCUGCGAGAUCAAGCGCGCGUGGAUGGUUCUCCCCGUAGCUGACGUCGUGCCACGCUGGUCCGACGCUGGCAAGACAUCCAACAAGUCUGCCAUUGUUGAACGUUGCGUUGCUGCUGAUGGCUCUGUGUCUGAGUUCAAGGCGCCUCUCACGGGAAGCACCCAAGACGUCCGUGCCAUGACCGGUCUCGUUGGCGCUCGUAUGUGGGAGCAGUGGAUGCUCAAGCUCAACAGCGAGAUGGGCCGGAACGAGAAGAGAGUUCUCGAUGAUGUAUCGAAAGCUCUACAGGAGGGAGGUAAAGGUACUGCUGGGUGGAAGUGCCUCCUUGGAUGGGCAAGGAAGGAAGAAGCUUGA